GCCUAGAAACCUGCAAACUUCGCAGAGGGAGGGGAGGAGUCAGCCCCGGACGAUCCGCCGGCCCCUCCUGCGGGCGGACGCCGGGGCCUGCUUUUGUUGGCGUGUGUGACCUCCGGGCUGGACCUCGUGGCUCCCAGGAUUUCUGAAGUCCUCACCAGGAGAAGGUGCAUUCCAGUGUUAGUGCAUCCACAAUGUCAGGUGUGCAUUCAAAAGCAGCCAGACUUCAAAAGGAGCAAAAAGAGAAGCCGCUGUUAGACACGGAGAAGGAAAUGGCCGCAUCCGUGGAUUUAAAGUACAACGACGUCUCGGCAGUCAUGAUGAAGAAAUUUAAUGCCUUAAUGGAAAUGCAAGAUAUGAUGUUUGUAGAGAUGAGAGAAAGCCUUAAAAAUGAUCUAAAGGAAAUGCUGGUCAAACGCACAUCCUCACCCGAGGCCAAGAGUUCAGGGGACGACGGGACAGAGCCGCGGGAAAGAGGAGACUCGGCCUCUGGGUGGCCAAAGCCGGGAGAGAAAGCGGCGGAGGAAAGCUCUGGAACGGAGGAGGACAGUGGAAGCCUGACUGCGAGAGGCGAGGAGAAGCCGGGUGGGAAGCAGGACAAGGCUCAGCAGCCCCACAGCAGCCAAGUCGUGAACCCUUCGCCGGAGAAGAUGGAGGAAGCCCUGCAUCGGGCAGAUGGCCGCGUUCACGGUCUAGCCGGGGAGGACACCAAGGAUGGGGAGGACCAGCCAGCCCCAGAUGCAAGCCGUCGGAAUGCAGAGAGCCUCCCAGCCGGGCCCCGAGACGAGGGCGCGCCGGAAGAAGGGGGCACCCUGAGGCUGGCCGCCGACUUCUCCGCGGCCACCCUGGACGUGGGCAAGCGGUGGGGCCGCGUCUUCCGCCUCCUGGGAGAAAGGGGGCUCGAACCCGAACUGCAGUGCACGCUGCAGUUAGCCUUUAAAUGCGACGGCGAAGCCAAGACCUUCUCGGACCUUCACAGCCUCCGGCAGUUUGCCAGCAGGAAGCUGUUCCUGAAAGAAUUGCUGAAGGAUGUCUUUCCGCCCAACGAAGCGGCAAGCGGAGGGCCGAGGAGAAAUGAGCUUCAAGAAAGAGCGGGUAAAACUCUAGCAGACACGAAGCAUGAAGCUGGAAGAAUAGCGAGUGACAGUUUGGGCUUCUUAUUCAUCAAAGAGGUAAAAGUCGCCAGUCCGGAAGCCAAGACUUAUCAAAAAGAAAGGCUGGAACAGAAGAAUAAAAAAACUCUCAAGAAGCAAGGACCCUCGAGGAUAGAGGGGGAAAAAGAAACCCCAGAGGUAGAGGAAGAAGAAACUUCAGAGGGAGAAGCCUCAGAGAUGGGGGAGGAAGAGUGCUCAGAGUUGGAGGAGGAAGAAGAGGGUUCCGGGGAGGAGGAGGAGGAAGAGGGCUCAGAGUUGGGGGAGGAAGAACAGACUUCAGGGGAGGAGGAAGAGGGAGAAGAGAACUCAGAGGCAGGGAAGGAUGAAGAUGCCUCCGCACUCCAUGAAACACAAGGCUCAACCUUUCAGGGCCUUACCGUGGUGGAAGAAUUUGGAAUCGAGAAGUUCUCCAGGAGUGGGGAGGAGGUUGGCUUAAUUAGUCUGGUGGUAGAUUCUGAAUCAGAGGAAGAAGUAAACAGAAAGAAGUCUUCCCGGGCUAAGAAAAAGGAGACCUUCCAUGAACUGAAAGAACUUGCCUUUAGUUACUUGGUUUGGGACUCUAAGGGAAAAAAGCUGGUCAAGUGCCAGGAGGCAUACAGAAGCCGGGAGGGAGGAGCAGCUGCCGUGACAAGACAAGAGACUGGUACACCCUGCCUCACUUUGUAUCUGGCUUCCCCGUCAGAGUCCCUGCAGGCGGGCAGUGAUGGCCCGAAAAGCCAUCCCUAUACAAACGUGAGUGUUCCAUCACCCCCGCUUUUAAUGGACGUACAAAGAGGGAGAUAUAAGACCCCGCAAAUAGAAGAGCUAACAACAGACUUAAUCCAUGAAACGGAAGAAAACUUUAGAAGAAGUGUGAUCGGUUGUAUCAGACAAAUGCAAAGGGAGGUUGAAAAUAUCAAAAAACUUUACUUUUUUGAUGUCUUGAACAUAAAAAGCUCCAUGGAUGAUCUGAAUUCCUUGGCCUGCAUGAUUGAAGCAAGAGUGAGUGAACAAGAAGACGCGGUGGAGGGACUGACUAAGGAGACGAUGCAAUUGGCCAAGGAGAUCGUUGGUAAAGAAAGGCUCAGAGAGAGGGAGGAUAGAUUACGCAGCUCCAACAUCCGAGUGAUAGGAAUCCCGGAAAAAGAAAACCGCGAGAAUGGAGCAGAGGACAUAAUCAAGGAAGUAAUUGAAGAAAACUUUGCUGAGCUAGAAGAACAGGGUCUCGAGAUCAUCAGUGCUCAUCGAAUCCCUAACUCAGUGGAUGAACACAGACUCACGCCUAGACACAUCUUGGUGAAGUUUUGGAGUGCUGGUGAUAAACAGAAGAUCCUAAAAGCUUCCAGAGUGAAAAAAGAAAUAACCUACAGAGGGUCAAAAAUCAGACUGACAGCUGACUUAUCCCCUGGCACUAUAGAUGCAAGAAGUCAGUGGUCCAGUAUCAUAAAAGUCCUUCAAGAAGAAGGCUUUCAGCCAAGAAUCCUUUAUCCUGCCAAGCUGGCCUUUGAAUUUAAAGGUAAAACCAAGAUAUUUUUUGAUAUUGAAGAGUUCAAGAAGUUUAUUUCCGAUAUACCCUUUUUGAAAGAACCGUUGAGCAAUGUACUUUAGCAAUCUGGAGCGCUUUCUGUCCACCAAAGAUCAUUCAAAAACCAAGUAGGAUUAGACCGUUGAGUCAUCACAUUUCUGUCCUGAAGGGUGGACAGCUGACUUUUUUUCUUUUUCAGGGAAGGUGUGGGGGGGAAGCAAGCAAUGUCACUACCUGAAUGUUGGUUGAGUUAGACAGCAUAUGUGGCUUUCUAAUACCUAUCUCCCCAGGGAAGGAGCCGUCUUUCCUGCAGCUGUACACAGGUGAACAUACUGGAGGCCACCGGGUGGGGGAUGGGAGAUGAAAAGGUAAGUUAGAAUAGAAGAGCUGCCUAGGCUGACUGAAUCAACAGAUUUCGUUACUUGAUCAUUUGCUCUUAUGUGAAUUUUUAUAUUAAAGCUUGAAGUUUGAAUAUGUCAUUCGUGUUACUUGAUAUUCCUCCUCGUUAUUUUCGGGAGCACCUUGCCAUCAACUGUAUUGCCUGAUUGAUAGCUUCUAGCAUUUUAUUGCUUCAACACAUCCAUUGAUGGAGUCUUUACCCUAACACGUGACAGUGUGUGCAGAUCAUAGAUGGUCCUUUGAAAUUAAUCAAUCUUCAGUGAGGAACCACUGAAGAAAUCGAGGAGAGCCAAAUGCAAUGGUCUUCGUCUUCAGUAGCUCAAAUUGUCCUUGAACCCCUCUGUAGCUAGG